AUGCAGGCCAAGCACACAUUUGGCAGCAGGUUGAGCUCUGGCAAUGUACGACAGACAACACUGGACAAUGUUCGACGGCAGACGAUGGACCAGCCAACCUCCAACAAAUUAACGGUAGCAAUUGCUAAAUGGAUAGCCACAGCAUGCAGACCGAUUAACAUAGUGCAGGACGAGGGUCUGCGCAACAUAAUUAGGCUCGCGUCCAAGGACCCAUCUUAUGAGCUACCCUCGAGAUCAACUAUCGUCAACAGGAUUCAUGAGCUAUAUGAAACGGAGAGGGCAAAACUAGCUCAGGAUUUGGUACUCACAGCCACUAUUGCUCUUACGGGUGAUUAUUGGACAUCACUAGGUAACGACAGCUAUCUCGGAGUUACAGGUCAUUAUAUAGAUGAACAGUGGCAACUUCAUUCACAUGCUUUAACGGUCAUGAAAACAGAGGAGAGGCAUCAUGCUGCGACCUGUGCCGAACAUUUUAUGGAUGUGGCGAAGCAGUGGAACAUCGAAAGUAAAUGUCGCAAGGUGGUGGGGCACUUCAAACAUAGUCCACCUAAUACCUCUGAAUUAGAAAAACAGCAAGUUGCACAUGGGCUGAAGACUGAGUCACUCGUGCAAGAUGUACCAACCCGAUGGAACUCCACUCUGGAGAUGGUGAAACGUCUGCAAAAACACCAAGAACCAGUAAAAGACGCCCUAGCCCUGCACAAAACCAAUGUCGCGAUGCCAACAAAGGCAGAGAUGGAAAAGCUGCAGAAGCUGGAGGCAUUGCUGGAGCCCUGCAGAUACUUUACUGAAAUCCUGGGAGGAGAAAAAUUUGUUUCCUGUUCGGUUGUAUUGCCUGCAUUAUGCCAUCUGUCUCGGGUAAUGGAAAGUUCAGAGGAUGACCCUCCCUACAUUGGCAAGUUCAAGCAGACCUUCACCUUGGACAUGGAGAAACGCAAGGAAAAAACAAACAGUACCUGGCUGAAGAUUUCCACAGCACUUGACCCUAGAUUUAAGGACCUCAAGUGUCUACACAGAUUUGAGAGAGCUGAGGUGUGGGCACUGAUUGCUGGCAUUAUGAAGGAGGAGAUGCUUGCACAGGAACCAGUGCAAACAGUAACAUUUGAACCACCACAGAAGAAAGCAGCUCUCUUGGUUGCUUCAGAAUCUGAGUCUGAUGAAGAGGAGAACUAUAUUGAAAAAUGUCUGGAGCGCUAUAGAGCUGAGCCUGUCAUUAGUAUGGAGGACUGUCCCUUGGAAUGGUGGUCUAAACAUGCUGGGUCACACCCCAAAUUGGCCUGCCUUGCUCGCAAAUACUUAGCAACACCUGCCACAUCAGUACCUUGUGAGAGGUUGUUUUCUCUUUCUGGGCACAUUGUGCAGAAAAAGCGAGCUGCUUUGUCAUCUAGCAAUGUUUCCAGACUUGUGUGCCUAAGCAGCUGGCUUGGGUCAGCAAAAUAG